ACAACAAAUUAAAAAAAAAAAAAAAAAAAACAAUUAAAAUGGCCUCUAAUGCAGUAGCCUACACCGAUGAGCAAUGGGUAAUAGAUAUUUGCAAAAGUCUUCUACCUGAAGUGGAACAAAACACACAUGAUGAAAUCAUAGUAAGUGUGUCACAAGUCCCCAAAUCUUUAAGAUCCUCAAAUCCAGAAGCUUUUAUCCCUCAAUUUAUAGGACUUGGUCCUUAUCACCAUUACAAAUCUGAUCUCAUCAUGAAUGAUAAAUUGAAAUUAGAUUCAUCCAAAAGAGCUCUCAAACACCUCUUUCACCACUUUGACACCGAAACACUCAAACAUCGUCUUAAAUCAAUUCUCUCACAUUCAUAUAUACAAGCUUUCUACCAUAUUGAUGUAGCUUCCAAAUACCCUUAUCAAACCCUCUUAUACUUACUCACUGUUGAUGGCUUAUUCUUGUUGGGGUUAUUGCAUAGAGCUUUAACAAUAAAACCUCAACAAGAUCAACAAUACUCUUACUUCUUAACCGGAAAACAUGGUAUUUCCAUGGUCAACUCUGCUGGUGUAGAGUUGACCAUGAAUUUUAUCGUAAGAGAUGUUUUUAUGCUUGAGAAUCAAAUUCCAACUCAUUUUCUUAAGCAAGUCAACACAGCCCUUGUCACCAUAACUAGAGAUGAAAUUGAAUCGUCUCUAGAAAAGGAAGCUCAUCAAAAUCUUGGACCAUCCAUGAGAUUAUUUUGUGAAUCACUCUGUCCAUUUGUUCAUGAAUUUCAACUCACCAAAAAUCCAGAAAAUCAUGCACAUUUGUUGGAUCUAAUGUAUCAUUUGAUUGUACCCAAUCAUUCUGAUCCUGAAGAACCUCCUAGGUCUGAUCUAAAACUCGAAAUCAAAUCCAAUCCCGAGCCACAAUUUGACUCUGAGUCUAAGUCCACACCACAAUCUAAGCUUGAGUUAGAGUUUACAUCCAAAUCACAAUCUGAGUCUGAGUCUAAGUCCAAAUUACAAUCUAAACUUGAGUCAGAGUCUACGUCCAAACCUCAAUCUGAAUCUGAACCUAAACCCGCGAUACAGUCUGAGCUUAAGCUAAAGCCCGAGCCUCAUAAUCAACCUAAUGACAAGAAAAAAGUGAGUUAUGCUUGUUCUAUUUGCUUCAAUUUUCUUGCAAUUUUUGUGGCUAUUUGUAUUAUAAUAGGUUUUAUUAUAAAGUUCAUUUUCACCAUAUUUUUUUGGAUAUUAAAAACUCUAUUUAGUUUCGUUAAAUGGGCGUUACGCCCAUUAGUGAAACUAUUAGAUAUCAUUAAUCCUUUCGUUGAGGUGUUAUAUGAUUUUUUAUCAAAGAACGAAACAAAAUUCUCCUACAUAAAACCAUGGACAAAAAUCGUCGGAGAAAUUAAGAAAACAAGUGAAAACGUUAGAAAAGAGGAUUACUCAACAAAUUGGGACAACAACAUCUCAAAUGUAAGCAUCCCAUCUGUAACAGAACUUAACAAUGCUGGAAUCAAAUUCCAACCGUCAGAUAUAAGUGGAAAUGGAAUCUCAUCCAUUGAUUUCGAUGAAAUUAAAUGUCAAUUUUACUUACCCGUUAUCAAACUAGACAUGAAUUCAGAAGUAAUCAUAAGAAAUCUCAUGGCUUAUGAAUCAUUGAUUGAAUCCAAAGGGUUAAUUUUCACAAGGUACAUUGAAUUAAUGAGAGCCAUUAUAGACACUCCAGAAGAUGUGAAACUAUUGGUUAAUGAGAAAAUCAUUGAAACUGAGAUGAGUUAUGAAGGUGUUGCACAACUUUUCAAUGGGUUGAUGGGAAAAUCUAUUAGGCCAAUAAAGGUUCAAAAAUUGGAUCAAGUGAUUAAAAGGGUGAAUGCUAAAUUCAAAAGUAGUCAAGCUCAAAAAAUGGCUAUGAUUAAGUAUAUGUCUUCUUAUGGGAAGAUGUUGACAGCUUUGGCAGCUAUUGUGUUUUUGGUAUUGACUGCUGUGCAAACAUAUUGCUCUGCUUUUGGUUGUGCUCGUAACUCAAAUUAUAUGGGAUCAUCAUCAAUGUAUCAAGAUGGGGAUUAUGUUAGAAAUGUUGGUAAUGUUUUUAUGAGUUCAAUGUAAGUUCUAG